GACCAUUCCUAAUGGUUAGAGACUGUCAUGCGAUUCAAGCAGUGAAUUCCCUGCUGGUUUAUUUCGAGGAUUUUGCACAGAAUUAAUGAACAAAUAAUUAUAGGCCUAUGUGAUAACCGCGGGAAAAAGAACUGUACGUGGUUGUGGAUGUAACUGUUGCACUUUAAAUACAGACAUGAACCACUGAAGCUGAGACGGACAAGGACUGCAAUAAGCUCACGUGACGAGCUCUAUUCUCCCACCACCAAAAGAUCUCAAUCAUGACACCCAAAUGGCUGGUUAUUUUCCUUUUUCUACAAUCUGGGACCGAAAAUGCAUUCCCUAUGGCCCCGACCAAGCUUCCCCCUGAGACAGGCACCUACAGGGUCACAGACACAAGCCUCACUCAUCUCACAGUGCACAGCCGGACGGGAGAGGUCUAUGUGGGAGCAGUGAACCGGGUCUAUAAGCUGUCUGCCAACCUAACAGAGCUGCGUUCACACAUGACUGGCCCUGUGGAUGACAACGCCAAAUGUUACCCCCCUCCCAGCGUCCGAGCUUGUGCACAUAAACUGGAGUCCUCUGACAACGUCAACAAGUUGCUGCUGGUUGAUUACGCUGGCAACCGCCUGGUAGCAUGUGGAAGCAUCUGGCAGGGUGUUUGUCAGUUCCUGCGGCUGGAGGACCUCUUCAAGCUGGGAGAGCCCCACCACCGCAAGGAGCAUUACCUCUCUGGAGCCAGGGAGGCUGACGGCAUGGCAGGAGUGGUGGUUGACAGAACAGAAGGGAAGUGGAAAAAUGAGAAGAAGGGGGCUAGCCGGCUGUUUAUCGGGGCAGCCAUCGAUGGCAAGUCAGAGUAUUUCCCUACCCUGUCCAGCCGUAAACUGGUCGCUGAUGAAGAGAGUGUUAACAUGUUCAGUCUGGUCUACCAGGACGAGUUUGUGUCCUCACAAAUCAAGAUACCCUCCGACACUCUGUCCCUCUACCCGGCGUUUGACAUUUACUACGUGUAUGGAUUCUCCAGCCGUACUUACAUCUAUUUCCUGACGUUGCAGUUGGACACACAGCUCACCCAGAUGGAUGCCACCGGUGAAAAGUUCUUCACCUCCAAGAUAGUGCGGAUGUGUUCCAAUGACACCGAGUUCUACUCUUACGUGGAGUUCCCCCUGGGUUGCACCAAGGAUGGGGUGGAGUACCGGCUGGUCCAGUCUGCCUACAAGCACCGUCCAGGUCGGAUGCUGGCCCAGGCCUUGGGGCUGUCUGAGGACGAGGAUGUGCUGUUUGUGGUGUUUUCCCAGGGCCAGAAGAACCGGGCCAACCCGCCUCGGGAAACGGUCCUGUGUCUCUUUACCCUGCAUCAGAUCAACCUGGCCAUGAGGGAGAGGAUCAAGUCGUGCUACCGUGGGGAAGGCAAGCUGUCCCUGCCCUGGCUGCUCAACAAGGAGCUACCCUGCAUCAACACGCCAAAGCAGAUUGGAGAUGAUUUCUGUGGGCUGGUGUUGAACCAGCCUUUGGGGGGUCUACGGGUGAUAGAGGGGACCCCUCUGUAUGACGACCGCGUAGAUGGCAUGGGAGCAGUAGCAGCCUACACCUAUGGAGACCACUCAGUGGUGUUUGUGGGAACCCGCAGCGGACACCUCAAAAAGAUCCGAGUGGAUGGCAUACCUCCCCCAUCCCAGAGUGCUUUGCUGUAUGAAACCGUUACAGUGGUUGAAGGGAAACCUAUUCUGCGUGACAUGGUAUUCAGCCCUGACUACCAAUACAUUUACCUGCUGAGUGACAAACAGGUGAGCAGGUUACCUGUGGAGAGCUGUGGCCAGUACACCACCUGCAAGACCUGUCUGGGCUCUGGAGAUCCCCACUGUGGAUGGUGUGUUCUUCACAACAAGUGUUCCAGACAGGAGGCCUGUGAGAAGUGGGCCGAGCCGCAGCAUUUUAACACAGAGCUGGACCAGUGUGUGGACAUUAGUGUCACACCUAACAACAUAUCUGUGACCUCUACUUCCACCCAGCUGAGUGUGAAAGUGGUAAACGUGCCCAGCCUGUCAGCCGGGGUGACGUGUGUGUUUGAGGAGUUGACAGAGAGCCCAGGGGAGGUGCUGGCCAAGGGGCAGAUCCUCUGUAUGUCCCCCUCCCUCAGAGAUGUCCCCUCCCUCGCACAGGGAUACGGUGACAAACGAGUGGUCAAGUUCUUCCUGAAGUCCAAGGAGACAGGGCACAAGUUCAUCACCACUGACUUCAUCUUCUACAACUGCAGCGUGCUCCAGUCGUGCACCUCCUGUGUGAGCAGCCCCUUCCCCUGCAACUGGUGUAAAUACCGCCACAUCUGCACCAACAACCUGGCAGAGUGCUCCUUCCAGGAGGGACGCGUCAGCAGCGUGGAGGGCUGUCCCCAGAUCCUGCCCACCAGUGACAUCCUGGUACCUGCAGGGAUCAUUCGUCCAAUCACGCUGCGAGCCCGGAACCUCCCUCAGCCUCAAUCUGGACAGAAGAACUAUGAGUGUGUGUUCAACAUCCAGGGCAAGAUGCAACGCAUCCCAGCUGUGCGCUUCAACAGCUCCUGUAUCCAAUGCCAGAACACCUCAUACUGGUAUGAUGGGUACGAGACGGGAGACCUGCCUGUUGACUUCUCUAUCGUCUGGGACGGAGACUUCUUCAUCGACAAGCCUUCCACCAUGAAAGCCCUGCUGUAUAAGUGUGAGGCCCAGAGGGACAGCUGUGGCUUGUGUCUGAAGGCCAGCACAGCGUUUGAGUGUGGCUGGUGCCUGGACAACAAGAAGUGUCUCCUGAAGCAGCACUGCCAGACGCCGGAGCAGAACUGGAUGCACCCCGGCAGGCACAACGUCCGCUGCAGCCACCCCCGCAUCACCAUGAUCCGCCCGUUGACGGGGCCCAAAGAGGGGGGCACGCGAGUGACGAUCGAGGGGGAGAACCUCGGGCUGCAGGUGCGGGAGAUCGCCCACGUCCAGGUGGCUGGGGUUCGCUGUAACCCUGUGCCCUCAGAGUACAUCAGUGCUGAGAGGAUCGUGUGUGACAUGGCCGAGGCGCUACUGCCCCACUCUCCAGGUGGCCCAGUGGAGCUGUGUAUCGGGGUGUGCAGUGCAGAGUACCGCACUCAGUCAUCCCAGACCUACUCCUUUGUGACCCCCAGCUUCAACCGUGUGCGCCCGGAGAAGGGCCCCGUGUCUGGGGGGACCAGGCUGACAAUAUCAGGCCGUCAUCUGGAUGCUGGGAGCACUGUCACUGUAUUCAUCGCCCAGGAGGAGUGUCUGUUUGUUAAGAGGACCAAAAGGGACAUUGUGUGUGUGACACCGUCGUCACUGUCUGGAUCAGGCCCCGCGUCAAUCAAGCUGUUAAUUGACAAAGCUGAAGUCACCAGCAGUGACACACGCUACAUCUAUACAGAGGACCCCACCAUCUCCAGCAUCGAGCCCAGCUGGAGUAUAGUGAAUGGUAGCACCUUGAUCACCGUCACAGGUACCAACCUGCUCACCAUCCAGGAACCCAAAGUCCGUGCCAAGUAUGGAGGAAUAGAGACUACUAAUGUGUGCACUGUGGUUAAUGAUUCUGUGAUGACCUGUCUGGCCCCGGGCAUCAUUUACACCAAGCACCAGGCACCAGAGUCAGGCCUGCACCCCGACGAGUACGGCUUCAUCCUGGAUCACGUGGCCGCGCUGCUCGUCCUCAAUGGGACACCUUUCACCUACUACCCCAACCCCACCUUCGAAACACUAGGGAACUCUGGGAUACUGGAGGUCAAGCCUGGCUCUCCCAUUAUACUCAAAGGAAAGAAUCUGAUUCCCCCUGCUCCGGGCAACACCCGCCUGAACUAUAGUGUGAUGAUUGGUGAAACUCCCUGUCUGUUAACCGUCUCGGAGUCUCAGCUGCUCUGUGAUUCGCCAGACCUGACCGGGGAGCAGAGAGUCCUGAUUGUGGUGGGUGGUCUGGAGUACUUCCCAGGCACCCUGCACAUCUACUCCGACAGCACCCUCACCCUGCCGGCCAUCAUCGGGAUCGGGGCGGGAGGAGGGGUGCUCCUCAUCGCCAUCAUCGCCGUACUUAUCGCCUACAAGAGGAAGACCCGGGACGCUGACCGCACCCUGAAACGCCUGCAGCUGCAGAUGGACAACCUGGAGUCCAGAGUGGCCCUGGAGUGUAAAGAAGCAUUCGCUGAGCUGCAGACAGACAUCCAGGAGCUGACCAAUGACAUGGACGGAGUGAAGAUCCCCUUCCUGGAGUAUCGCACCUACACCAUGAGAGUCAUGUUCCCCGGUAUCGAGGAGCACCCCGUCCUCAAGGAGCUGGAUGUAAGUUCCCCGGCCAAUGUGGAGAAAGCCCUGCGUCUGUUCAGCCAGCUGCUGCACAAUAAGAUGUUUCUGCUAACCUUCAUCCACACCCUGGAAGCCCAGAGGUCCUUCUCCAUGCGGGAUCGCGGCAACGUGGCCUCUCUGCUCAUGGCCGCGCUGCAGGGCCGCAUGGAGUAUGCCACCAUGGUGCUCAAACAGCUGCUGGCAGACCUCAUCGAGAAGAACCUUGAGAACCGCAACCAUCCCAAACUGCUGCUCCGACGGACAGAGUCUGUGGCAGAGAAGAUGCUCACCAACUGGUUUACGUUUCUGCUGCAUCGAUUCCUCAAGGAGUGUGCGGGCGAACCUCUGUUCAUGCUGUACUGUGCCAUCAAGCAGCAGAUGGAGAAGGGGCCUAUAGACUCCAUCACAGGAGAGGCGCGCUACUCCCUCAGUGAGGACAAGCUCAUCAGACAGCAGAUUGACUACAAACAGCUGACUCUGAUGUGUAUCCCUCCGGAGGGAGAGGCAGGCACGGAGGUCCCGGUGAAGGUGCUGAACUGUGACACGGUCACUCAGGUGAAGGACAAGCUGCUGGACGCUGUAUACAAGGGCAUCCCCUACUCCCAGAGACCCCAGGCUGACGACAUGGACCUGGAGUGGCGACAAGGUAGACUGACCAGAAUUAUCCUUCAAGAUGAGGACGUCACCACAAAGAUUGAGAGUGACUGGAAAAGGCUCAACACCUUGGCCCACUAUCAGGUGACCGAUGGUUCUCUGGUAGCCUUGGUCCAGAAGCAAGUCUCAGCCUACAAUAUUGCUAACUCGUUUACCUUCACCCGCUCUCUGAGCCGCUAUGAAAGCCUCCUGAGGACGUCCAGCAGCCCAGAUAGCCUGCGCUCCCGUGCCCCCAUGAUCACCCCUGACCAGGAGACUGGCACCAAGCUCUGGCACCUGGUCAAGAACCACGAGCACGCUGACCAACGGGAGGGCGACCGCGGCAGCAAGAUGGUGUCUGAGAUCUAUCUCACCCGCCUACUGGCAACCAAGGGAACUCUGCAGAAGUUUGUAGAUGAUUUGUUUGAGACGGUGUUCAGCACGGCCCACCGCGGCAGUGCCCUCCCUCUGGCCAUCAAGUAUAUGUUUGACUUCCUGGACGAGCAGGCCGACAGGAGGCAGAUCACUGACCCGGACGUCCGCCACACCUGGAAGAGCAACUGUCUGCCCCUGCGUUUCUGGGUGAAUGUGAUCAAGAACCCUCAGUUUGUGUUUGACAUCCACAAGAGCAGCAUUACGGACGCCUGUCUGUCUGUGGUGGCCCAGACCUUCAUGGACUCCUGCUCUACAUCAGAGCACCGCCUGGGCAAGGACUCCCCCUCCAACAAGCUGCUGUACGCUAAAGACAUCCCCAACUACAAGAGCUGGGUGGAGAGGUACUACAGAGAUAUCAGUAAGAUGCCUACCAUCAGUGACCAGGACAUGGAUGCCUAUCUGGUGGAGCAGUCUCGUCUCCAUGGCACCGAGUUCAACACUCUCAGUGCUCUCAGUGAGCUCUACUUCUACAUUAACAAGUACAAAGAGGAGAUUUUGACAGCACUGGACAGGGAUGGGUACUGCCGCAAACACAAGUUGCGACACAAACUGGAACAAGCCAUUAACCUUAUGUCGGGCAGCAGCUGAGGGCGGAGGAUGGAACAGGGGGUCAGGGGUCGGGAGGAAGGGGGGGGGGGGGGGGGGGGGGGUAGUUGAACUGGGGAACGGACCUGUGUUGGAACAUACGCAGCUUGUGCUAGUAAAAAUGAAGACAUAAGACACUGGACAAUCAACACAACGAACCACAGCACAGCACAUUAAGCCCAAUGUCUACUGACCAGAUUCUGUGCCCAAUAUCCUCACUCCCUCAAACCUCUACCUGCCAUUGCCAGUGAAACAUUCUGAGUCAUUUUUUUCUCCACACUGGCCUUUUCAAUGACAGACUCUUUAGUAACUGCCUAAUCUAAUGGAAGAGGACUACUGUGGAUAAUAUGAGAUACAUUCCAAUAGAGGCAUACAGUAAGUUGCUUUGGGAACUGUUCUGAAUUGCCAAGCUAGUGCCAUGGGAUGAGUAGCUUUUGGUCUGGGAUAAUAUUUGUACAAAGUGCUGAAAAGUAACAUUUAGGUGUGGACUGGAUUUUAUCUAGAAACGUAUGGGCUUUACUACAAGUAUUGUAAGAUACCAUAACCUAUUGGCCCCAAAGGAAAGCUUUGAGGCUCUGUUUUGAUGUGUUAGGGUGGGAGAUUCAAUGCCAGUGUGUGAUGAAGGAGGCAGUGUAUGGACAAAAGAGACCAAAUUCUGGAAGCACCAGAGGCCUAAUUAAGUGACAAAUUGAGGGGAGUGUUGGGGCUGGGCUGAGGCUGGGCCAUCCCCCCGUCUCUCAAAUGCCAUAGCGACAAAGCGCCUUUUUCCUUUUUUUUUUUUUUUUUUUUGUUCUUAAAAUUUGGGGCCAAAUGGACCUUUGCUGAUGGUGAGGCUCAGCUCAGAGUCCAGAGUUUUAAAGCUUGCCUUUGUGUUGCAGGAAGUGAAGCCCUCUCCUCGUAGACGUUCCACCCCUAUUGUAACUGUCCAGCUAAUUAUACUUAGAUCCCUGUGUCAGUCUGCACCACUGUGAAUCUGAUCUGUCAGGAUCUGAGGAAUUCCCAUCCAGAGCCCAGGGCCACUGCUGUCGUGGAAACAACUAUUUUUACCCAUAUCAAGCAUCCUAAAUCUAAUCGAUCCGUCACGAGCAAUAAGUCUAGUUCUAAAACAGCAAGCCAUGUUUCAUUAGAUUACAUUAAACCAAUAGUUAUGUUAGAGUAUCUCUAUGUUGCGAUAAUCAUUCUGUGUAGUAAUCUUUCUGUUCCAGAUUUUUUCCGUAUUGCAAAUGACAGCUUGAUCAAAAUGUGUAACGCAACACCAAGGACACCAGUAUUCAUUGUUUUUUUAAAUUCUAGAAACAGAAUGCGGUCUAAAUACAACCUGUGUGGUUGUGAGUUCACUUAUGUAGGUCAUUCGCAGUAGUAAAUGGAGAAAAUGCCUCUAUGCUGCCCGUGUUUCCAUUACCAUGCUAGAGGUUACUGUGUUGAAUUCUGAUUCCCAACCCAGGAGACCUUAAUCCUUCAUUCUGUUUACCCCACGGUCCCAGAGAGCCAGCAGCAGUAGGCUGUUUCGUAGGUUCUGAUCAGCUGGUAAAUGCCAUUGCUCUGUGUUGACUCCCUCCAUGACAGACAGUAGAAGCUCUGUGUGUUUCAGUGGUGGUACAGCGGCUUACUGUACACACUCCUAUGCUCCCUCUCCAUACUUCUCUACUAGGAGGGAAUGCAGUCUGGUGGUCUUAUACCUCAAUAUUAUUUGAGUGCAUUUACAUGUGGUUCUGAGUUCGGCCCUAUCCAAUGAUGAAGUAUUUAUUGUUUUGUCUUUAUUUAUUUCAUAUUUAUUUACAUUUUACACAAGAAUGUGAACUCUUGUUUUGUACAGUUUUAGUGACUGUACACCUGAACACAGUUGGUGUGCUCUGUACUGUACUAUAGGCCGAGUCUGCAACACUGCUGCGGGAGUCUUUUUGAUGCCAAUUCCCACACAGGGCCGGGUUCAUUUAGGAUACAUCAUAGAUUCAGUAAAUAACAGAGUUCCUUCACAUCCAUAACUGAAAAGUAAAUCUUUGGUCGCCACAUCAACUGUUUGGUGACAACAGUGAGGAAUGCAGACUGACCAAAGGAGGCACAGAGAACAGAGAACAGAUGAUCACGCUCUUGUCUUUGGGUUGACCCACAUAUUACAAUAUAUGUUAACCAUAGAUUACACCACGUUUAAAAAUUCAGCUACAAACAUACCUUUAAAAGAUUUUUAGUUUAAUAGGAUAAAGCCUCAAAUUCCAAUGUUCCCCAUAACUAAUGUUUGACAAAUAUGUAUUUGUACUACUAAAGCCAGAGGUUUGUGGUAAUCCUGGUCCUGAAUAUAAAUAUUUCAGUAUAACUAACAGUUAUUUUAUCCAUUAAUUCCUCGAAGAUGAAAUACAAUUUAUUGUUAAUAAAUUAAACCAAUACUUUGGUCUAUCAGUGUACAGGUGUUAGUCCUCUAGACGCUGGCUGUGUGUUGUUUUUCAUAGGGACCUUUAACACGGUUAUGCUCUGUUUAGAUCUGACCGAAAUGGAUCUGAAACAAACUCAUUACUGUAGACUAAUUAGGCUUGCUUAUCAGCCCAGGAACAAAAGAGCCAUUAUUAUAUAUUUUCAUAACCCUGCACACAUUUCAUUAAAUCCACACCAAGUGAGAGAGAGAGAGAGAGAGAGACCCAUUUUUCUACAUGGAAGAUGCACAUUGUAGAUAACCACCAAAUCAAUUUAGAAUUUGGUCUUGGAACUCUGAGAGAAAUACAUUUUCAAAUAAAACUGGAGCUCAUUAGCAUGUUAAGAGCUGCAGGAGGAUAAUUAAGGAGAAUGGGUUUCAACAUCCUGGUGUUAUUUUGGGGCAGAGAAAUUGGGUCAGUGUAUCUGGAUCUAGCUCUGGGGGGGAUAUCACCUUCCACCAUAUGUGAAAAUGACUCAGUCAGAAAUGACGGCCUGGUUGCCAGAGCUGCUCUGUCAGCAUUGCAGGUGUAUUACAGAUAUCAAAGCUCUGCUUGAGCCACUUUACAAAAUUAAAGUUUAUCAUAAAUCUGGAAGAGAACGUCUUGAAUUUUGACUUAGUACCUCUGGUUAACGCCAUCUCAUAGGGUUUGAAUCUGGUUGCAAUCUACCCACAUAAGUAAACAAUUCAAAUAGUAACUGCAAUAAGGUAUCCAUUUUUGGGGGUGAAAUCAUCCAAAGUAGUUUGGCUGCCUGCCAUAUGUAACCGGUGUGAAAUGGCUAGCUAGUUAGCGGCGUGCGCUAGUAGCGUUUCAAUCGGUGACGUCACUCGCUCUGAGACCUUGACGUGGCUCUUGUGGAGCGAUAGGUAACAAUAUUUCUUGGGAGGCAGUUGCCAAUGUGUUCAGAGGGUCCCUGGUUCGAGCCCAGAUUGAGGCAAAGAGAGGGACUGAAUCCACACUGUUACACAUACAUCAUAUGUAAACUAGUGAAGGGCCAGGUGAUUGGGCUGUAGAACUCAGAGCCGCGGCCGUACGUCUGGUUUUGCGAUGUUGUUUAAACAGCAACAUAAAAAAAAGCACCUGUAACAUGUAAGGAAGAAAGGAGGGAGUGCAAACUUGUGAUGUUUCUAAGUAGAUACUGUAGAAGCUAUGUCCGUUUUAGAUCCAUAAUUACAUUUCAGUCAGUGUUCUAGUAAAAAAGUUAAACUUUUGUCUCAAAUAAAUAAAUUAUAAUUUAUUUGUUGAUUUUGUCUGUUUAUCCCAAAUGUUUUAAUCGAUUUAACGUAACAAAUUUCUUUACUGCUUCAAAGAUAUAUGGAAUUUAUUAACUUUGUCUGGAGAGAAGGUAGCUUUGUGACUGACUGACGAAUGGAUGAUUGCUCUGCCUAGUCCUUAAUUCUAUAUAAAUAUAUAAAUAUAUUUUGUAUAAUUAUUUGUUUAAAAUGUUUCCUUUUAAAUUAUUGUUAUUUCUUUUUAUAUUUUAUUUUGUUAGUUUGAAGGAGUUGUAGUAAUGAGUCCUUUAAACGCUGGCUGCAAUGAAGUGUUUUGUAUAUAUUUGCACUUUUUUUUACUCAGUCAGAGGUUUUUAAAAGAUUGGAUUCUAACUUAAUGUUGAAAUGACAAGCAUGGUGUUUUGUUUUGCUAAUUAAAAUAUGUGGAUGAUGCUGUAUGUUCUUGAAUGUUUUAUUCGUGUAUGAUCCUCAAUGAUUAUUUUCUCUGAACAAUGUUUGAAUUCAAAUAAAGGCAAGUGUUUUAGUAAAAAUUCCA